UUUAGGACUCCGGACCUCCCUGGCGCAUGUUAGUGUCGUCCCUUGUCGAGGAUUUGGCCCGCACUUCCCUGGCGCACGUUAGCAUCGUCCCUCGUGUAGGACGCGCCCGAACGUCUUUUACAUCGCUGACACCCAUUCGAAAUCUCGGCACGGCGGUGACGAAACCCGAGACGAGUCCAAAAAAUCCCUUCUCGCGCCCUCCCCCGACAAAAGUGAAAGGAAGUUCCCGAAUCCCAUCAUGGCAGGGACUCGGUCCGAGUUCGAUCUCGGGGCAUCUGCGGCGCCCCCAUUCGGGAUCCGGGAGUACGCCUUCGCCGAUGCGGGAAACCUGGAGCAUUGCGCCAAGUACCUUAACCAGACGCUGGUGACCUUUGGAUUCCCCGCGUCCCUUGAUCUCUUUGCUGCGGAUCCCGUCUCGAUUGCAAGGACCUGCAACUGUAUUCAUUCUCUGCUACAACAGAGGCAGCGGGACAUCGAGUUCAGGGAUGCCUCCAAUGAGCAGAGACAAAGACUGCAAUCUGAUAUUUCAAGAUUAGAGGCAAAAGUUGAGAGGCUUGAGGCACAAUUAGCUGCAAAAGAUCGAGAGCUUGCUACUUUAACACGAACGGAGGCUAAAAAAACAGCAAGUUUGAAGGCUCAGAUUGACAAGCUGCAGCAGGAACGAGAUGAAUACCAAAAAAUGGUCAUUGGAAAUCAGCAAGUGCGCACACAACAAAUACAUGAAAUGAAGAAGAAGGAAAAGGAAUACAUAAAGCUGCAGGAGAGACUGAACCAAGUGCUGAUGGAGAAAAAGAAGGAAUCUCGGUCAGGAAUGGAGAUUAUGAACCUUUUGCAGAAAGAAGGGCGUCAACGUGGGACAUGGAAUGGAAAGAAGGCUGACAACGAUUUCUAUAAGAUGAUAGUUGAUGCAUAUGAGGUGAAGAAGCAAGAGCUGAUGGCAGAGAAUUCUGAUCUGCGGGCUUUGUUACGUUCUAUGCAGAUGGAUAUGCGUGACUUUCUAAAUGCUCCAAGUGGUCUAUCACAACAAACCUCUACUGUGAAUGAAAGACAGGAUGCUGACUCUCCGCAAUCCCCUUUGGGUGGCAGAACGGAUGUCUUUGAUCUACCUUUUCACAUGGCCAGAGAUCAGAUAGAAGAGAGUUUGCGUACCAAGAUGGCUUCAAUAAAGUCAAGGAUGGUACAGUUGCAAGAUGCACAAAAAGGAGCGGAAUUGACCUGUGAAGCAACUGAAAGGGAACUUGAGCUUGAGGCUCAACUUGUUGAAGCUAGAAGCAUUAUUCAAGAGCAGGCUUCAAUAAUGUCAAAACAUUUAGCAAAAAAUGACAAGCCAAGGAGAUUGAGCAGCCAUUUUGAUGCCGAGAGGGAGGUGACCCAUUCAACAUCUGCUGAGUUGUGAGUGCUACACCUGCAGCGUGAGAAAAGUCAGCAAAUUUUGUUUCAUCGAAAGUUCUUCAGCUUUUCCAUCAUCAGUACGCAAGUAAAGAAAUAGAGUUGAAAGAACAGUUUGAACUUUCUAAGUUUACUGAGAGCAGCAGCCCUUGCAACCUCUGAGAGAAGUGCUCCAGAUGAGGUCCCUCCCCUGCACCGACUUCAUCCCCGCAACAUGCAGCCCUUGCACAUCCAAUCUGCUGCUGCACCCCUCCCCAGCCGCCGACGCCUCGAUUAGCCCGAUCAUGGCCUCGCCGACCGCCUCGUAGUUCUCCCUCGGAUCCCUCACCUGCACCAGCAUCACCAGAACCAUGCUCUCCUUGCUCCCCGCCUCCGCCCUCUUCUCUGCAACCUCGGCGGCGGCCCUUCCUCCUCCCCCCAUCUGGAUGCGAAGCCCUUCCAACGCCAGCCCUUCCAUCUUCUCCACCGAACCCAGCAGCACAGCCUCCACGAAAUGCUCCUCCGCCCCCGUCACCACCCUCUUCCCUUUGAUCUCUCCCGUUUGGCGUCCGCUCAGGUUGCUCAUCGGCAUCGACUCAUGCAGGCACUCCCACAGCUCCCCUCGUCUCAAGGACGCCAUCCCACGUAUCACCUGAUCACCUCCGCUGCGGCUGUAGCGUUCUCGGCGAUCAAUGGCGCCGAAACUUGCAUGACCAACCUCCCCCACGGCCGGCCCGGUUUCCUGAUCUCAUGGAGAUAGCUGCCAUCCGAUAACCUCGUCAUCUCCGCGUGACCGUUCUCCGCCGUCAUCACGGUAGUGUUCUUCGGGCACUCCGUCUGCCUCUUCUCCGAGCUCACCCACGCGUCGAGCUUCCGGAGCUCCUGCUCUAGCUGCCUCGCUCUUCUCCAGUACGCUUCAGCCGCCGCUUCCCCAUCCCUGAAGAGGGAUGGCAUUGCCGGUGCCGCAGAGGGUUCGCACGUGGGCUGCGGCGGAGGGGCCGUAGGAAGCGACGGUGGCUGGCGGUGGGAGGGAGGUCGGCACAAGGAGAGGUACGACUUGAACCUCAAGCAACCUGCGGAGACGACCGCAGGAGACGGGUUCUGCCUCCUGUAGCUUCCGUUGCUGUUCGCCAUGGCAUGCAGCCUCUCUGGCCUCGCUCGCUCGGCUUCUGCUUGGGUAGAGCGACGUUGGAUGUUUUGGUCUAUUAUUUGGGAUACACAGCGGGAUGCUUGCUUCUGUUGUCGACCU